UGGUAGCCUCAUUUUGGUAUCCUUUCGAGCAUCGUUGCUCUUAAAACUAUCUACCAUUUUCAAGUGUCCUCACCACCAUGAAUCCCCCAGAGAAUAUCCGUCAUAUGGUCGAUGAAUACGUGCAUAACCACAUCCCAAUAUACCUUCUACACUUACCAGACAUGAAACUCGUGCACAGAAAAACCAUGAAGCAGUAUCUUUCCCAGUGGAUCACGGAGGUGGCGACAUCAUACAAAGGCGCACAAAAAGUGGAUGACGAGAUCAUAUUGGCAAAGAUCAAAACGAAGCUCGCGUACGCUAUCUUAUCCCACCGAUGGUUCAGCACAGGAGAAGUGUCUUUUGAAGACAUCCAGAAAAAUAAGAUACGCAAUUCAAGCAGAAGUUCAGGAUAUAUAAAGUUGCGGAGGUUUUGCAGGGAGGCUUUUCAUGGCUUUGGUUGCGAAUGGGCUUGGGCGGAUACUUGCUGCAUCGAUGGACACAGCAGCGCAGACCUCGAAGAGUCUAUUCGCUCCAUGUUCUCCUGGUACCGGAAUGCCAAGGCAUGCAUCGUGUAUCUAGGAGAUGUGGAGAAUCCUAAUUAUUGGCAAGAAAGCGUGUGGUUUUCCAGGGGCUGGACACUCCAGGAACUUCUAGCUCCCAAGCGUAUGAAGUUCUUCAUGAAAGACUGGACACUUCUUACCACCCUCCUCAACGACAAAGAUGACGACGACAUCUUACAAACCAUUAGGCAUGUUACUGGAAU